AUGGCCCGCACAGGGAUACAAAAAGUAAGAACGGGCUGUAAAACAUGCAAAGCCCGCAAAGUGAAAUGCGAUGAGACCUGGCCGCGCUGCAAACGCUGCCUUACAACAGGGCGCACAUGCACAGGCUACAUCGCUCCACCACCUGGCUCAUUCUCAUGGACUUCUCUUCUGCGCAUCAAACCUCAGACUCUACCUAUAGCCAACACAAAAGAAGUCCGCAGCUUAUCAUUCUUUCAUCACGUGGUCGCUCCCGUGCUCUCCGGUCCAUUCGAUGGAUCCUUCUGGACGUAUUUCGUUGUUCAGAUGGCGCAGUCGGAACCAGCGGCACGUCAUGCCGUGUUGGCGAUAAGUUCACUCUUUGAGAGCUUUGAACCCACAAGGGAGAGUGUGGCUGAUGAGUUUGCGAUCAUGCACUAUAACAAAGCCAUAAGUAUUCUCACGCGCGAUACUAAACCGUGUGUUGAUACCGUUUUGUUAGUGUGUAUGAUGUUCAUAUGCAUCGAGUUUCUACGCGGCAAUCGUGAAGCAGCGGUCACACAUGCUAGCCAUGGCGUACAGCUCCUCAACUCCGAAGGCCACAAAUCCCGCCUCGCAAACACCUUUGCGCAAAUGAGCGUCUGUCCCCUCUUCUUCAUCGAAGUAGGCACCGACUUCCCCCUCCUCCAAGGCGAUGACAGCGCGGAUCUGAAGAACCCCGUGUUCUACACCAUGAGCGAGGCGCAGCACGCCUUGGAGCAUCUGAGUAUAAGGAUAAUAAAGCUUGUUCGCGAUGGGAAUGCGUUUCGGUUGCAUGUCGUUGAUGAAGCGCCGCAGGAGUGGGUUCUUAAUGAACAAGCGGAAGCGAAGCAGGAUCUUGAGGCUUGGGGGGUUGCGUUUGAGAGAUUUCGGGAUAAUCGGCCUUUUGGGGAGGAUAGCGAGGACUUGCCGACGUUGGCGCUGAUUACGAGAUAUAGGCUUAUGAAGACCUGGGUUGUGAAUUGUUUUGAGAGAGGAGAGAUGGGGUUCGAUUGGAUGAAGGAGGACUUCAUCGCGAUCGUGGACUGUGCUCGGAGAGCAGCAGAGUACCACGAGGCUCAACGUACGACACCAGGGAAGUUCAUGUUCAACGUUGGAUUCAAUCCCAUGCUUCAUUUUACAGUAUGGAAGUGCCGCUACCUGUCUCUUCGGGUCGAAGCCCUAUCACUCAUGCGCCGGUUGUCAAGUCAGCAAGAAGCACUGUGGGAUGCAGCGCUGUUAUACAACGUGUCGCGGCGGAUAAUCGAGGUUGAGCACGACAUUGAUCUAUCUGGUGAUUGUGAUCUUUAUGAUCAAAGACUACCGCCCGAUGAGAACAGAGUAAAAGGUUUCUUCUUUAGAGAGGGGCCAGAGGCAGAGUCGAUUAUGUGGGAUAAAAACGCCGAGACGGUGUAUUUUCUCAUGGCACAUCCCGAGGGUGGUGUGAUAUAUAGGAAGGACUACGUUAAGAACAAGGACUUGGUCUCGGAUUGCGGGCUGACUUUUUGGAUGUGA